AUGUCGUCCUCAUACUCAGCCUGGUUCCGUAAGGGCCCUGACCCUGGAACUAUAAUCACCCUUGACCAACCUGUCCCUUCCCGGUGGAAGAUUCUUGAGAAGCUGAACGAGCAUGACUAUCAAGUUAACGAGGAGGAGAACGAUGAGUAUGGCUUCCGUUCUUUUGCCUCGGCUAAAUAUCUAUGCUGCAAUCCCAUAUCCCGGACUAAGAACGCCUUCAUGCGCAUCUACAUUCAAGUUCCCCAUCGGAAGACUGAACUGGAUGAUGCGGAUACCAGAAGCCGACAAGCCACAACAUACAACCCCCCAGAAUUGAUCGCCUACCGGGACCUCACUGAAAAGGGCUCGAGUGAUACACCAAAGCUUCUCGGAUACAAGAUCGAUAAACAGGAUCGCUCGGGGCUAGUUCCGGGUGGGUUCAUUAUCUGGCUUGUGUGGGAGAUCGUCCCAGGGCUGCGCCUCGGAGACGGCAAUGGCGCUGACCCAUUUUGGGCUCUUGAAAGCGACGAAAGGGAGCAGGUUCGCUUGGCUUUUCUUAGGGCUAUAGCCUACUUUAUCGGACCCUUUGAGAAGGCCGGCAAGCCCGAACGUCCGAUUAUGUUCGGUGCCAACUGGAUUGCGCAUUUCGAUCUCGCUAAGCCGGACCCCUCUACGGAUGAACGUGAUAGUGACUGGGAUAAAGAUACUUCAUGCUGGCAAUGGUAG